UUUCACAGAGAUCUUCAGUGGUCAUCAUCUCACACGUACUACUGGCCCUACUCGCUCUUAAACCAGCACUAUCAUAGACAGAGACCAUCCGGAUUUGUAUUGGUCUUUUUUUUAUUUUGUUCUCCCCAGCAGCCCAUGCAAGACUGCAGCAACACCUACAUUCAGGUUUUAAUAAUAAGACAAUCAUCACUGACUGGCUGCUGUCGGCUGUUCAAAUGUUGGGAGACAAGGCUCACGAUGGAAUUGCAUUAGGCUAAAUGCAGAAACAGAAACAACAACUCAGCAGCACCGAAACUAUUUCCCGAAGAUUAAAAUAAAGGUGUGUCUUUGAAGGUUAUGGAAUACACAUAUGAUGAUGACUUGGAAGAGCUGUGUCCUGUGUGUGGGGACAAAGUGUCUGGAUACCACUAUGGCCUGCUCACCUGCGAGAGCUGCAAGGGCUUCUUCAAGAGGACAGUGCAGAACAACAAGAGGUACACAUGUGCGGAAAACCAGGAGUGUAAAAUAGACAAAACCCAGAGGAAGAGAUGUCCUUUCUGUCGCUUCCAAAAGUGUCUCAGCGUUGGGAUGCGGCUAGAAGCUGUGCGCGCAGACCGCAUGCGUGGGGGGAGGAAUAAAUUUGGCCCCAUGUACAAGAGAGACAGGGCCUUGAAGCAGCAGAAGAAGGCUUUGAUACGAUCCAACGGGUUCAAGCUGGAGAGCGCAGCUCCUCCGCCGGCCUCUCCUCUACAGACUGACUACGGCUUCACUGGCACCCUGCACAGCCUGCCCACCAUCUCCAAAAGUCUGGUCCCCUCCACCCCGAGCUCCAUCACCUCUACAGACUACGAGGCCAACCUCUAUGGACCCUCAUCCUUGGGCAUGGCCAUGCAGUCCCACAUGCCCCUCACCUCUCAGUACCAGUACACAGCCUUCCCUGGCAGGGCCAUUAAAGCAGAGUGUCCUGACUACACCAGCUCCCCUGAGUCUCUGACAGGAUACCCUUACCCAGACAUGUACCCCUCAGCUUCGCCACAGCCGCCAAGCCUUCCACCGCUGGUGUUGGAGCUGCUGCGCUGCGAUCCAGACGAGCUGGUGGUGCAGAAUAAGAUCGUUGCUCAUCUGCAACAGGAGCAGGGCGGCCGGGGCCGGCUGGACAAGCCCAGCACUUUCAGCCUCAUGUGUCGCAUGACAGACCAGACUCUCUUCUCCAUAGUUGAGUGGGCUCGGAGCUGCAUCUUCUUUAAGGAGCUCAGGGUGGGAGAUCAAAUGAAGCUGCUCCAUAACUGCUGGUCUGAACUUCUGGUCCUGGAUCACAUUUUCAGACAAGUGCAACAUGGACAGGAAGACAGUAUCCUGCUGGUGACCGGCCAGGAGGUUGAGCUGUCGUUCAUCCUGUCCCAAGCUGAGGCGACUCUUUCCAGUCUGGUCCAAAGAGGUCAGGAGCUGGCGGCGAGGCUGCGGGCGCUGCAGGUGGACCGCAGAGAGAUCGCCUGUCUGAAAUUCCUCCUCCUGUUCAACCCCAAUGUGAAGCUGCUGGAGGACCAGGCGUUUGUGGAGGGCGUCCAGGAGCAGGUGAAUGGGGCUCUGCUGGAGUACACGCUGUCCACGUACCCUCAGUUCCAGGAAAAGUUCAGCCAGCUGGUGGUACGGUUGCCAGAGCUGCGCUCUCUCAGCACGCAGUCCGAGGACUACCUGUGCUACAUGCAUCUGAGCGGAGAGGUGCCCUGCAACAACCUGCUCAUUGAGAUGCUGCAUGCCAAACGAGCGUGUGUGUGAGGCAUGCAGGAUGCUCCACCAUCAUGAGUUAUUUCUCUAGGUGAGACUGUGUGUGUGUGUGGGAGGGAAAGUGUGAGUGGGAUGAAAGAAUCAAAUAAAGAUAGACAUGUUCAUAUAGGGUCUUCUUUGGAAGGGGUUUUGUUUGCGUCAAAGAGGAGUACAUGUUCUUUAGAGUUUGGAAUUAUAAAGCUCCAUCUGUGUAGUUUGAAGAUUAUGAAUGUUAAUGUUUUUUACAUACUGCAGAGUACUUUAUAAACUGGAUUUUUUACCCUGUUUUCAAAAAUCUAAAAUUUGAUCUGCCUAUAGAGUUACAUAAUGUCACCUGAAUACAACAUCGCCAACAAGAUUUCCUACGUCUCACACAGCUGCCCAGCAAACAUUUAGACUCAAAGGAAGAGGCUCCAGCCUGCACCAGUGCUGAAAAGUCAUGAAGACGUGGUGUCAAGAUGUCUGUCCGUAGCUGAUAGCAUUAUUACGAAACAUCCAAACAGUUUCUAAAUCCACUUUGAUAGGAAUUUUAUUAUAAUAUCUGGUGUGGAGUGGGCUGAUAUAGAAUCUCACAGGAUGCAUGGACACAUCUGUUGAAUGCUUGCUUGGUGAGCAGAUUUUGUCUUUUCAAAAAUCAUAUUUUAGUGUCAAAAAUUGUCUUUUUUGAUCCAAAUGUCAGAUGCAACUUUAUAAUUCCAAGGUCAUCAACACUGUUCCUAGGUUGUUUUUUUUUUUAUGAAGACAGACUUUAGGAUAACACACACUGUAGUCUCAGACUAGACUAGCACUGCUCUUAUCUCUGCACUUGUUCUUUUUGCCACCAACCUUACAAAAAAACAUGAAAGCUUUAUGGGAUUCAAUAUAGUUUUGUUUUAAUCUAUUUAUAUGUUAAUAUAUUGAUAUAUCAAAGCCAGACAUGCUAAGAAAAACACUUUUUUAUUCAGUUAUUCAUCAAACCCUUGCCCAGAAAAAUGAAAAUGAAAGGGAAAGGAAGAGGGACAGAGAAGGAAGGAGGGAAUGAAAAAGCCAAUGAGAAAGAGAGAAACUACACAGUGAUGCUUUGUGGGUAAAUAAUAAAGGGAAGCCAGAGCGGAGAGGUGAGUGAAAAAAGACACAUCAAUGUGCAAAUUAUAAGGGAGAGAUUAAUUCUUUAAUAUGUAAAAAGCAAAAAGGAAGUAUCUGCAAGUGUCUGUCUUUCAGUUUUACAGAGGAGGCAUACAGAGACAACGCAGGGAGGGAAAAAAUUAUCUGGCCAGAUUUGGUUUCAAGUUUCUUUGAAACUUUUGAUUUAGAUAUUGGCCAAUGCCUUAAAAAACAUUGGGCACUCAAAACAUGAAGUUGUCAUGUUCACAGUCACAUUGGUGUGACUUUUCAAUACGCUGUACAGUGUGGACUAGAGCUCGACUGAUCUCAGUGUGAGAAGGCUGAUACUGACGUGUUUUGUACUGAAGCUGCUGUAGAGAUGGAUUUUACACAUAUUGAACAUGAUGACAUUUUCUAAAUGUAUACUUUCUGUAAAUAAUAUUAAUGCUUUUGAAUGAUUUUUCUUAUUGUUAACAAAUCUUAUGAAAAGACCAACAUCAACAAUGUGUUAGACCAUUUGCAGUACUUUCUGACCUCCCUACACUUUGUGUAGCACUCAGCCUCAAGCCCACUGGUUCCUACUGAAGACUUUUAAAAUAACUUCACAAAUAUAUAGCUGGAUUUUUAAAAAGACUGUAAGUUCCUAAAACAGCUGGUCACUGUAGCUUAGUAAGAAAUAGCGCAUUAUUGUUGAUUUUUACAUGUUUGGUGCUCUAGUGAGUAUUUAGGUCAGCAGUAUGACCACUCAUCAAAUGCCUCCAAAACCUAAGCUAAUUUCUCUUUAAUUGUUUUGACAAUAGUACAGACAUUUUGCAACUUUGCAAAUACAUUAAUUUAAAUGAUUUAAAUAAAAAUAUGGCGACACAAUUAAGGUAGCUUUACAUGCCUUACAUUGGCUGUUGCAAAUUAGUAGUGUAUAAGCAUCAUUUUUAUGAGACAAACUACAUGUCUGAAAGCUUCUUAAUGUCAGAAAGUUUGUUUGAAAGAGGGAGUUAUUUUGUUUUGCCCUAACCAAUCAGUAGUGAGUGACUUAUCUGUCCUGUAGACAUCAUUUUUAGUCAGUGCAAAAGAAAUGUGUCGAUUUAUGUUUCUGCAAGUUGACUUAGAACAACCACCUGUACAGUUGCCUCAGUCUCAUGCACACCUCACACUGCUAGUCCUACCAUGUAGGAAGAUGAGUAUUUUUAUAGGUGGGGUAUGUGAUUCUAAUCCAACACACGCCUUUUUGUCAAAUUCAGCAUAGAUCUCCUCACAGUCCUUUAGCUGGUGUUGUACACAGCCCUGGUUCUGUAAAUGGUAAACAAACAAAGUGGUCACACAACACUAUUCCAGCCGUGCCAGCAAUGAUUUGUGUGUCAGCAACAUUAAAUGACUUGCCCACGGACAUUCUGCUUAUUUUCUAGUUCAAAAAGACAUGCUGUUGUUGUGAUGUUAGCUUUAGUAGCAGGGGAGUACCACUGUCUAGAGCUGCUGUGCUGCUCUGGGACCGUCCCGACCUCUCUGCAUGUUAGCUUCAUAGCAGCAGCUUUAGCUAACCCACAACUAAGCUAAUGUUAGUUACAUUACUUGCUGUGUCGUUGUUCUGUAUCAUGGUAUGUGUCAUGGUAUUGGAGUCACAUAUUCCACCUUAAUACACAUAAUGAUGAAUUUACUAAUUUGACCAAUUAAUGUCCCCUAUAAAUAAUUAAAUAAGUAGUAUUUCAUCAUAUGGUAUGCAAUUAAAACUAAAUAUUUUAUCAACCAGUGGACAACAGAACACAGUAUCAGAAACCUGGGUCUAUGGGUCGAGAACACUAUACAGUGUAUUUGUAGCAGUCAGUGUUUUAGCUCCGGCACUCCGUGUUGAAAAGUAACACUAAUGUAUUUGUAUUUGUCCCAGUCUGUGCUCCCACAUUCAUUAGAAGUGACACACCUUUUUUAAAAGCAUGUGACUCUCAGCAAUGACGACAAUGUAACUCAAAUUCACGAUGACCGUCAACAGGACCAACUGAAAAACAAAGACACAGUCAAAGCAGUGUUUGUAAUAUUGUGUAGCUCAACUUUCUCACAGUGGACAUUCAAAAUCAUUCCUUGUUCGUCCAUUGAUGUGGCAUUUCAAGGUAUCGUAGACAAUCACUCCGCCUGCCUUAACGUCUGCCUGAAAGCACACACACACACACACACACACACACACUCCCACCUCUGUUUUUCCAGUUGAGACAGCUGUGUGUUAUCAAUCUGUACAGUAUAUUUAUGUUGUGAAGUGAAUAUCUACUGCAAGACGAAGAUACAUUUCAACCAAAAAAGUUCUCUGCUUUAUGUUGAGGUCAAAUCGCUACUGUUGUGGAACUGAUUCUCUUGAUAUAGCCUUUGUUUUUGCUCUUAGUUCACUUUUUAUUUUCCUGUGAGUUGACAGUUGUCCCGUCUUAAACUGUAGUGUUUUUCUCCCAAAAGAGAAAGUGACCAAAACAUUUUUGUUUUCUUGAAAUAUAUUUUAUUGUAAUAGCAUCAAACCAAUAAAAUUCAGUGAAGUAAA